AACUCAUCUAAAUCAGCUGGAAGGCAAUAACAAAACCAGACAGCCGAAUCGCUAAAAUCAUAAGCGUUAAAGAAAUCACAAGAUAUUACAAACAGGACGCAUACAAAGAUGGGAAGGAUACGUAGAAAAACCGUGCCCAGAAAACCAAAAAUGAUUAACAUUAAAAGUGAAUCGAACCCUGAGAAAUCGACACAGGAAAUUGAAAAAUAUAUAAAGCAAGAAAGUGACCAAUCUUCAAGAUUAAUUAAAACUGAGAAUUCCUGUAUAGAAACAUAUCCGCAGACUGAGUUUUAUGAGGUGGGUGUGCUAGGUGCGGGAAACUCGAUUACAGAAGAGUAUCCCUUGGAGGAUGAAGAUAACGUCAAGUUGGAGCAUAAGGAUCAAGAAGGGGAGGAUGAGAUUAGCUAUUACUUGGCGGGUCCACCAAAAGUCUGUUCAAAAUGCUUCGAGGCUUUUCCUGUCGAUGAUUUUCCCACCCACAAUUGCAAAGACAUUAAUGCCGACAAAUACCCCUGCAAAAUAUGUCCUCGGAAGUUCCGUUACAAAUCCAUGCUGAUAAUACACCUUAAAAGCCACCUCAGACUACGAAAAGGAGAAAGAAUGCCGGAGUUGGAGGCAGCUAAACUGCAAAAGCCCAAGACCAAAAAUAUCUUCGAGAACAAGUACUCCCCCACUCCAAAGUGGAAGUUAUCCCGUCGAAGAGCUGGAUUGUUGCACAACAAAAUGCGUGUCCAAGAAGAACGACUGUGCCACUAUUGCCCCAUAGCAUUCUCCAAUGAAGCUCAUCUCGAAAAACACCUAAGGGAUCACCAUGCCGAGCUGAUAAAUAAAAUUGAGUUAAUCCUCCCUGAUCCGGAGUACAACGUCACAGAACAGGUCCAUGUCAAGUUAGAGAGUGAAGAAUCAGGAUAAGAAAUAAUUGUAAGAUGAAAAUGUAACAUCGCCCCACCGGC